CAACUGACAAGGGUCGUUCUAAAAAGAAGGCAUCCAAACAACUAAAACCGCCUGUGAUGCAGGACAGCUCGCCAGACCUCAGCCUCAAGUUGAGGCGAGGUUCUAGUGAUUCCAGAGACAGCUUCUAUAUGGAUUUUGCCCAGGGCAUAGAUUCCGAUAUAGAAGAAGUUACUGCAACCACUUCGGGAUAUGUUCCCCAUGACAUCACUGAUGAUGCUUCUACGCCAACAGCACCUACUGUUAAGGAUGACACGAUAUGUUGGACACAAACACCAGGUGACACUGUUCUUCUUCCAUCCCCCGCAAGUCCUUCAGCUGUAAUAGUUAGUCCAGAAACUCUUUCUCACCAUUCUUCACCUGUCAGAAUUCCAAGGAGUACUUCCCGAGCAACCACAUCUUCUGCGAGACCUCAUAUAUUAUCAGCUUCACAUUCAGGGCUUGCUCAACAAGGAUCCCAAUUGAUGCCUGCUGUAUUGUAUCCAAAUAUUUCUAUGAUGAAACGUCCAUCUCGAAUUGACAUUCUCCAAAUUACUUGGAGGAAAAUGGGAGCUCAGGCUUUGGCAACAACGUUAUCUGCUUUGUAUGGGAAGCUUCUUGUAGUAAUGGGCAUUGCUUUUCCAAUGGCUGAAGUUAUUUCAACCCAUGUUCCACCAUCAUUUUACGAGGGUUUCUAUUUGUAUCUCUAUUUUGGUAGCAUGGCAUUCUUAUUUUAUAUGUAUGCAAUGCUGUUACAAGAUGGAUCUCCCAAAAAAUCACCACCACCGAGUGAAUCCAAUGAUCGGCCACCCAGGGAAGCAUUAUCAUCGAGUGAAAGUGAUGAGUGUGAAAGUGGACGUGGUACUAACCAUAGCUAUAUGACUGAGCGAGAUUCAACUAGCAGAACCUGGAAAAUUGUGGAGGUUCCUUUUCAGCACUAUGGAAGUUUCUACCUCAGAAUGGGUGCAGUUGCUUUUGGAAUUGGUAGCAUGAUAUACUCAGGACUUGAAUUUGGCCAAUAUUUUGAGCUUGAAAGAGAUACGAAGUGCCAUAACGUCUUACUAGCUUUGACACCAGCCACAAGAAUGGCUUUUACAUUCAUUCAGAUGUAUUUUAUCUUUCUUAAUGAUGAGCAACAAAUGAGAGUAACCAGGCACAGAGUGUUGGCAAGAUUUGGACUUAUGCACAUGAUCGGUACUAAUCUUAGUGUUUGGUUGAAUGUAUUGGUUCAAGAAACGAAACAUGAAAUUCUUACUUUUUAUAAUCCAGAAAAUAAUACUAUUGAGGUUCAUGCUAAAUCCAGUUCUCAUGCCGGUUUCAGUAAAUUGACUAUGCCACAUAGAAGAGUGACAAGAGGAUUAGUUGGUCCACAUCACAUUUACGAAUGCCGUCGUACGAACAUCAUGGGUUCACUCGUCCAAGAUGCCAGUCCUUUCCUUUUUCCUUGCACCAUUGAAUACUCAUUGAUAUGUGCCGCUAUCCUUUAUGUAAUGUGGAAGAAUAUCUCUAGGCUUUCAUCUCCAGCACCUGCUUCUCCUGAUCACAAUGAUCAUAAAGUUCCUCCUUUUCAUUACAAACGUUCCCCUCAUCAUUAUUCUGUUGAUUGUGCACAGGCACAUAAAGGUCUUUUUGUUGGUAUUCUUGUCCUUGUUCUCACUAUUAUAUCACUGAUCCUUUUUUUUGUUCUUAUAUCCCGUCCUGAACUUGUUAGCUUUGCUGUAAUGGAGUUAACUGUCUGUGAACUGUCACUUUAUGUAAUGGCAACCUUUGCUACACUUAUUGGCAUGAUACAGGUUAGGCAACUGAAGUAUGAUGGAGCACGUAACUUGGAACUGGAUAAUAUUUUGCUGAUUGGUGCACAGACAGGAAUGUUUAUCUACAGUACCUUUACUAUUAUUGGAGGGCACUUCACCUUGGAGAAAAAUACUGUUCUAGUUUUAGCUACAGCACUUGCUUCCCUUGUACAAACCCUGUGUCAGACUAUGUUUGUUCUUGAUGCUUCUCGAAGAUCCUGUGUCACUCCUGAGCAGAUUCGGCGAAAGCCAGGUCGUGAAAUAGUUACAUUCCUUUUGGUAACAAAUCUCGCCAUGUGGGCUAUUAACACACUUGAAAAAUCUCGUGCAGAAUCUCAUCCAAUUCAGCUUCACUUUUAUGGUCUUUGGGCUUGGACCAUAAUCACUCAUGUUUCAAUGCCAUUGGCAAUCUUUUACAGGUUUCACUCCACAGUUUGUCUCUGUGAAAUUUGGAAGAGAGCAUAUAAAAUCAAACCAACAUUUAUGUAA